AUGUAUCUCCGUGCAGCCCACGCGGAGACAGAUAUCCCACUUCUCCAACAAUUCAUCCACGAGAAUCCCCUCGGCAUCCUUACAACAGCCAUCAAAUCACCAAAUCACCCACUUAUUCAAUCCAGUCACAUCCCAUUUCUACUGGAUAUCUCACCUGAAACCAAUGAUGAGGAACCAGAAUACGGGAUCCUCCGCGGCCACAUCGCAAAGCAAAACCCCCAAGCCAAAGUUCUAAUGGAGGCACUAGCCACCCAAAAAGAACAACUUGAAACUCAACCAGGGAGCUCAGUAUCUCUCGAGCUUCCAGACGAAGUCCUCAUUCUAUUUAACGGACCACACCACCACUAUGUCACACCGAAAUUCUACACCGAAACCAAACCCACAACUGGUAAGGUCGUGCCAACAUGGAACUACUCUGCCGUUCAAGCCUACGGCAAGAUCAAGAUCUACAGUGACUCAAAGUCCGAAGAGACGGGUGCUUUCCUACAGAAGCAAGUUGAGGAUCUCUCGCGACAUGCGGAGACCUCGGUUAUGGGGUAUACGGGCUGUGAGGGGAAACCGACGGCGUGGAAUGUGGGGGAGGCGCCGAGUUCUUAUGUGGAAUUGUUGAAGAAGAAUAUUAUUGGGAUUGAGAUUCGGGUUGAGCGAUUGCAAGGGAAAUUCAAGAUGAGCCAGGAGAUGAGUAAGGGCGACCGGGAGGGGGUUAUCAAGGGGUUUGAGGAGUUGGGGACGGAUGUUGGGGAGGGAAUUGCGAGGAUGGUUAUGGAGCGAGGGGAGAUGAAGGAUCGACGUGAAUAA